CUUAAACUGUUACUGUGAUUUGUUUUAUCUUUAUCUCUGCGAAUGGUUGAUAGAACAUUUCCCAGAUAUACAUGUGUUUCAUAGAAACUACGUACAUUCCCAGUUCAUGGGUCGCUGAUAAACUGAUGAUACGAGUAACAUAUAGUGUGUCCCGUCUGCGAAUUGGAUAUUAUUCCACAAACGCAAUCCAGUUGGCACACAACUGAAAAGUGUAACAAAACAACAGAGGAUAAUAAAUUAAUAAUUUAAACGUAGAUCACAAUUUAAAAUAGAAACAGUGACAAUUGACUGGGUUAAUAUAAGGACGAUGUUAGCGUGUUACUUACCGUAGAGAAUUCGCAAUGAUAAUGAGAAGGAAAACCUAAGGUUUAAAUGUGUUGUGAUCAAAACAUGCUGUGUGUACCUACUAGCGUUACUGUGCUCGUAUACGUUAUCGAUGGACCACGCGCCGUAUUACACUUGAUAAUACAAUUAGUGGGUGAAUCUAGUGACUGUUAACAACAACUCUUAAAACAAUAGCGUCAAAACAACCAGACAUGUCUGUGUGGUGCGACAGUGCUCGGACUACCCGACGAAGACGACGGCUGUGGUGUGUGUUUGCGUGUUUGUGUGUUCUCUCGUUUGUUUCACCCUGUACACUGAACAUAAACCCUCCCAAUAACAUCUACUUAGCUCAUGGGAAAAACCUGAACAUUUCGUGUACUUCCAACUGCAAUCUCCCUUCGGAAGAUCUGCAAUUUACAAUCGGAUCUCAAAUUCUACCGUCGAGGAUCAUAGACAAUAACAUAAUACAAUUAUACGUCAUGCGGCCUGACGUAGGACGUAAAGUUUAUAUUUGCUCGUCGAAGAGUAAGAAAAGUUCACCUGUAAUGAAUAUAGUAUAUGUGGGACCACCACCUCACAAAAUAACUGACUUCAAUUGCAUAGUUGAUAAUUUCCAAAGUAUCGAUUGUACCUGGUCUAAACCCAGGAGCGAUGAUACUCCGACGGAAUACCAAUUGACUUAUGCUAUGAAUGGGGCAGUUUCAGAGAAAUGUAACUUGAAAGAUUGUGCCAAACAUACAAAAAUGUGUUGCCAUUUAGAUUACUUUACCAUCCCUACCUAUAAGCCUAUCUUACAUACAUAUGACUUUCAUCUCAAAGCGACAAAUGAACUUGGUGUUAACGAACAAUUUUUUUCUUUCAAUAAUUACUCUAUUGUAAAGCCGAAACCCGUGUAUAACUUGAUUGUAUCAAAUAUUAGUUCCCGUGCUGUUGAACUGAAUUGGCAAAUUGAUGAUGUUUUAAGAGAACACACAUUUCCAUACACUGGUCUCGUUUAUAGAAUAGAAUAUCAAAUACCUACUAUAAAUGACUCAUACAGGAACGUUCUGGAAGUAACUAUGUUUACAAAAAAUAAUAACAUUACGUACAACUUGGAUCAACUUCCUUAUGCGCACAUGAUAUAUAAAGUACAAAUAUUAGUAAAGAUCGCGCACGAAAGUAAUAAUUUCUGGUCAAAACCUUGUGAGUUACAAUUCGAAACGGCAGGUGAGAGGCCCCCGCGACCGCCUGACCUGCCUCCUGGAGCAUUCGAUCACAGCAACUAUCAGGGUAUGACGAGGCGUAUAGUAUACGCUUACUGGAAACAACUUGAAAAAUACGAGGAAUUCGGUGCAAACUUCACAUAUCACUUAUACAUUACAACUCCUGUUGUGCGUUUAUCAAUGGCAUCGCAUCGACAUAAUCGUGGCUAUUUCCAAUUCGAAAGCAAAUCUGAAGAUCCAAUAAAUCUUACAAUAUGGUCCAAAAAUGCAGAGGGGUUUUCUGUUAACAGCAGUAACAUGUUUAUACCGGCAUAUGAAGACACAGUUGAUCUACGAGUUUUAUCGUUUACUAUACAUUCAUAUGAAAAUGGAACCUACCUACUGAUGUGGAAGAAUUCAAACAAAGUCGAUAAUUAUACAAUUUUUUGGUGUACACAGCACACCUCAAAAAUCUGCAAAGAUGGUAUUGAAUACGAAAUAAUAGACUCUAGAAUCAAAAAAUAUACUAAAACGUUACCAAAUAACGCUAACUAUCAAUUUGCACUAUCAGCUAAUGUAGGUAUCAAAUCCAGUGGGAUGGUGUGGCCUAAAGCAGAAUGUGCAAUAUCACAAGAUACAAUAGCGAUGAGUGAUAUUAAGAUAACGUUAAAAUAUUUGAACAUUAACAGUAAAACAGUUAAGCUAUUUUGGUCCCUAGACUGCAUAUAUGACGGUAUUAUAACUGGCUACAAUAUAAGUUACUAUUUUGAAGACUAUGAAUGCACAGGGCUUAUUUUGCGAAAAUUUGUUUAUAUAAGUGAUGCUAAUCAGUGGUAUGUUGUUAUAAAUGAUUUGCAUCCUUCUACAAGAUACCAUGUUGAAAUAAAUGUAGACACAAACUUAGGUUUAAAAAAAUAUGGUCAUAAUACAUCUUUUGUGACUUUAGAAGACACUCCAUCGGCGCCAAGAAACUUUAGGAUACAUGAUAUACAAAACGAAUCUCUGACAAUAUCAAUAGAACCUCCGCGACCAUUAAACGCCAACGUCAAACAUAUUAAAUAUGUGGUAUACAAUAACGGUGAAGAAAUUCACAGGGUACAAGCACAAAAAAAUAAUUCAAACGAUUAUGAACAAAUAACAGUAGGCAAUCUUCGUAGUUUUACAAACUACUCUUUAUCAGUCAAAGCUUACAACAAACACAUUGGUGUGUAUUCAGAUCCAACAAAUUCUCUUUUUGUGAGGACCAGGAUCGGAUGUCCUAGCAAACCCAUGCACGUGGGUUAUAAAUACGGUGUUAUUACUUGGGAACCACCAAAAUAUCCAGGAGGUUACGUGGAUCAGUAUCUUGUUGGAAUUAUUACAGAGACUGGAGAAGAAAUAGUGCAGCAGUUCAAUGGCACUGUAUCAGAAUAUUACGUGACAUUGUGUAAAAGCGAAUCGAAAGGCUCAGUGAAAUAUCGUGUGAGAGCGGAAAAUGUCGAUAUCGACGUACACCACGGAGCCUUGGCAUUUUCAGACCAUGUUACUUUGCCGGUGAGACAUAAUAAUGAAAGGCUUUUAUUUACCGGCGAAUAUAGAUCUGAAGUUGUUAAUUGUGGAAACGAUGAUAAUUUAUUUCAAUUAUUAUCUAUUAUAUUUGCGGGAUUUCUAAGUUUAUUUAUAAUAUACGGAUCUUUAAAACUGUAUCGUAAAUAUAAGGAUAUGGCUGAUAUAGAUAAACCAAAACUUCCAUUAGGUAUACGUCUAUCAGAACAACGAAUGGUUGUUAAAACCGAUAAUAUUUUAAUAACAAUGGAUUUGAAAAUUCCUAACAAAGAAGUAUCGUCUAAUGUUCAAGCACGUAAUGAUGAGGAAAGCAAUUUAUGUCAUAAGGAAGAAGAUGAAUUAGUAAACAAGUUUGAAGGAAUUAUUCCAACUUUUCAAGUUAAUCUCAUCUCUGACAAUGCUAAUAUUCACAAGCAAGUUUCAGCAAGUGCAUAUACAGAAAAUGAAAAUAAUUUACCAAGUCGAACGUCGGAUAUAGUAGACUUUUUAAUGCCAGCAGGAAAUGGUUAUGUGUCUGCAACAAAUGUGACGACUGUAGCUGAACCAUCAGGUUAUGUGCAAGCAAUGCCAUCAAUAUCCACUAGUAGCAUUUUGUCUAAUGGGACAAUAAAACAACCCAGUUCAUCCGAUUAUGUCCAUCAUAGCGUGAUUAACAACGUUCCACUAGACUCCGACAACAAAAGCCAUCUAUUCUUACGAGAUGACCAAAACAAUGAAAACUAUAAUCCAGAUACAAUGUUACAAAAUGGUAGUACGGAAAAAGCUGACUUAAAGCCAGCAUCAAAUGGCUAUGUGUCUUUAACAAAUGUGACAGAUAAAACUCAUACCCCAAUGAAACCAAUAACAACUGCAUCUGAAGCAUCAGGUUAUGUACAAGCCAUGCCAUCAAUAUCCAGUAGCAGAUUGUCUAAUCAUGCAAUAAAACAACCCUGUUCAUCAGAAUAUGACCAUCAUACUAAAUCGAGUUCUGACAACAGACGCAAUUUGAUCUUACAAGAUGAUAAAGACACCGAAAGUUAUCACUCAGAUGUGUCAUUACCAUGUCUAAGUAAGGGGGAGGUCAACUUAUUAAAGCCAACAUCAAAUGGUUAUGUGUCUUCAGACAAUGUUUUGAAUAAACUUAUAAAUAUUUUAGAUAGUGAACACCCUAAUAAUGUUGAGAACAGACCUUCCAAAGACUAUACUCAAUUCUCAUUGCAGAUGGGAUGAUAAAUUAGAUUUGUAAAAUCAUAUUACAACCAUUAUAAUCUUGAUGUACUCAUAGUUUCUCUUAUACCAAUUUUGUUAAUUAAUUUCUAGUUCAAAUGUACUCAAGAUUUACUUUUAUACCAAUUUCGUUAAUUUGCAAAUUCUAUUGUACUCAUAGUUUCUAUAAUAUUAAUUUUAUUAUACUAUAAUUCAAAUGUUUUCAAGUACCGAUUUUGCUAAUGAAUAGUUAAUUUACCUUGUCUUAUAGUUUUAAUUUUGUUAUCAACAUUUUUUAUUUAUUUAGUUAAAUUUUAUUUUUAAGAAGAUAUGAAUUAUUUUUAAAACACCUACUUUAAGUGCUACUAACACCAAUGGAACUCUUUGUUUUCCGAAGUAAAUAAAUAAAUUAUUAUUAUUAUUAUAAAGUUUUGUAAUGAUUCAAUGCAUUACAUGGCAUAAGUGUUGUUAUAUGGGUAUAUGCUGUAAUGUAAUAUGGUUUGCAUGUUACUGUUUUGAACCUGACAUAAGGGGAUUAGAUUAACUUUACACAUUCAUACAAAGUCAUGUCCGUAUCUAGGGUGGGCAGAGCCAUAACUCGUGAGUUUCCCCAGUGGGGUAAGCAGAAGUGUAUAGCAUAUGUAUGUAUACACCCAGUCCUCACUAGCUAUGUUUUUAAGUCCUAUGUAAAACAUGUAACAAGGGCGAGCCUAUUGCCAUUAACUAGGCACAAAAUUUCCUGGUCAAAAUUAUAAGUUUGCAGUCAUAUUUGCAUCAUAGAUAAUUAGAUCCUAUCAUGAAUUCAUAAAGUCGAAUUCAGUGGUUAAGACAUUAUAAAUACCAUUGCAUUAUUUAAAUAGUAUUUCUACAACAUAAUAUUUAUUAUUUUACAUAUAAGGCUUCCUUCUAAAACAUUAAUUUAAUCAGAGGUGUGAUAGUAUAAGAUAAAAUAUGAAUAGUACAAGCUGUAGUUUUGCUAUGUUUAAUAUUAAUUGAGUCCAUACCAAAAACCUAAGUUUAAAAAUAUUGUAAAUAAAAUAUUAUUUUUUUAUAUAUUAUAUAUUUAAUUGAGUAAAUAAACUAUUUACUAAUAAAUCAUGUUAUGUCAACAUUGUUCUCACAAGAAACAGUGUAAAGGGCUGAGAAUCUACAUAUAGUACAUAUAGUAUAUAAUGUCAAGAAUUUAAAAUUUAAAAUGAAUGCAGAUCACAUGUUGUCAAAGAGCAUGUAAUCACUAUAUGUAACUGCUGCUGUUCUAUGAGAUACACAGACAGUAUUGCAAUUUUUCAGAAUUUAUUUUAUAGACUGCUAUGUAAUCAGAUAGGUACAGCAAAAAAAUGUUUUAUGAACUACUAAAACUAAAUACUAAAGAGGCUUUAAUUCGUUUUUUAAGAUUUUGUGAAUAGAAAAUAAAUAUAAAAUGAAAAAACAAAA